AUGGGAAAGAAUAUAGCAGAUUUUGGCUUCUCACAGUUAAUUUCAACAAUGCCUUUCGCUGCUAUCACAAAAGAAAUUGAAGCAGAAUAUGCAAUUCCCAUUUCUGAAGAAGAUUUAGCAGAUUCAUCGAUGCUCAAUCAUGCUCAAAGAGAUGCAUUUAACAAAAUAAUGCAAAAAGUCAAUGCCAAUGUUCCAACUGCAUUCUUCAUUGACGGACCUGGAGGCACUGCGAAGUCCUUUUUAUAUAAGGCUUUGCUUGCAACUGUUAGAUCAAAGGGAGAUAUUGCCUUGACAACAGCAACAUCUGGAGCUGCAGCAUCAAUACUUCCUGGAGGUCGAACUGCCCAUUCUCGUUUUAAGAUACCUCUUCAACAAGAAAUUAACAGCACCUGCAAUAUCUCCAAACAAAGUGCCAUCAGUAAAUUAGUUCAACUUGCACGGCUAAUAAUCUGGGAUGAAGCAGCAAUGGCCAAAAAAUAUGCCAUUGAAUCCUUUGACAGAUUAUUGAAAGAUUUGCUCAAUUCUGACUCCAUCUUUGGUGAAAAAGUAAUUGUUUUUUGUGGAGACUUUCGACAAACUUUGCCAAUGGUCAAAAAAGGUCAACGAGAAGAUUACAUCUCUGCAUCCCUUGUCAAUUCUUACCUGUGGCCUCAUCUGGAAAAGAUCCAACUCAUUGAAAAUAUGAGAGCACGGUCAAAUCCCUCAUUUUCUGAUUUCUUGUUGAAAAUAGGAAAUGGAAUAGAGCCAACUAUUCUAAAUAACAAAAUCAGGCUUCCAUCUUCAAUGCUUAUACCUUUUAUUGAAGAUACAACCUCAUUAGACCUUCUAAUAAAUAUUAUGUAUCCAUCCUUGUUUGACUUUUUAACCAGCAGCUCUACAGUUACUAACAGAGCCAUUUUAAGUACAACAAAUGAGACUGUUCAAGAAGUCAAUCAAAUUUUGAUUCAAAGAUUUCCAGGACAAGAAAUCAAAUACAUCAGUUUUGAUCAAACGUUUGAUCCAACAAAACAAGCUGAUCAUGGAGAUUUCUUAAAUUCCAUUCAGCCUCCUGGAUUGCCCCCACAUGAACUAAUUUUGAAACCAAUGUGUCAAGUUAUCCUUCUUAGAAAUCUUAACCCUGCACAAGGUUUAUGCAAUGGAACACGUCUCAUUUGUUUAAAUUUUGAUAAGAAUGUAAUACAUGCUGAAAUUUCAGUUGGUAUUCAUACUAGCAAGCAUGUUUUCAUUUCUCGUAUUCCAUUGCAUAGUUCAAAUGAUGAAUCUUAUCCAAUACCUUUCAAACAAACUCAGUUUCCAAUUUCAUUAUGCUUUGCUAUGACAAUCAACAAGUCACAGGGACAAACACUUGAUUUUGUUAGAAUAUACUUAAAGGAACCUGUGUUUUUACAUAGACAAUUAUAUGUUGCAUUGUCUAGAGCAAAAACCUCAGCAAAUGUGAAGAUCUUGUUAAGACCUGUUACUGUUCAUUCUACAGAAACCAGUUAUACUCGAAAUAUUGUUUAUGAUGAAAUCCUAGCUGCUGCUGCUGAUACCUAA